AUGGGUGAAGGCCCUCUCCACAUUGUUCUCUUCCCAUGGUUGGCCUUUGGCCACUUGAUACCAUUCCUCGAGCUCUCCAAGUCCCUGGCAAAAAGAGGUCACCACAUCUUCUUCAUUUCCACCCCAAGAAACAUCCAUAGGCUCCCAAACAUCCCUCUCCCUCUACUCCCUCUCAUAGAUUUCAUCUCCAUCCCCUUGCCGCCAUCCGAUGACCUACCUGAUCAUGAUGCUGAGGCCACCGCCGAUCUCCCCCCGCAUAAAGUUCCACACCUGAAGAAGGCAUUCGAUAAGCUCGACCAACCAGUUGCCGAGUUUCUCGAGCAAGCAUCUCCAAAACCCGACUGGAUCAUCUGCGACUUUGCUCCGUACUGGCUGCCGCCGAUCGCCUCGAAGCUGAACACCCCAUGCGCCUACUUCAACACGUUCCCAUCUUUCUCCAGUGCCUUCUCCGCCGCAUGGCAGAGGUCGCCAGAGCAACUCACCGCGACACCCGAAUGGAUCCCCUUCCCGACGAAGGUGGCCUAUCGUCUCCACGAGGCCCGCUCCUUCGCUAAGUUGGUGCACGACAGCGCCUCAGGGGUGUCGGAUGAGUAUCGCUUCAACUCGGUCGUCAGAUGUUGCGACCUGAUGGCCGUGCGAGGUUGCAUGGAGUUUGAUGGUGAAUGGCUGAACGUCCUUCCGGAGCUUUACGAGAAACCGAUCGUUCCGCUCGGCCUCCUUCCUCCGUCGGCUGAUGACAGACCUGAUGGCGAAAACACAAACGGAAUGGCAAACACCGGCCAUGGGAACGUCGUUAAGUGGCUGAACAAGCAGACUCCCGAGUCCGUCGUGUACGUUUCCUUAGGGAGUGAGGCGACGCUAAGCAACGAGCUCGUGCACGAGCUGGCCUUUGGGCUGGAACUCUCUGGCCUGCCCUUCCUCUGGGCUCUCAGGAGGAAGCGAGAAGAGGUAGAGUUGCUGCCGAAGGGAUUCGAGGACCGGAUCGCAGGCCGCGGGGUCAUUGCCAUGGGUUGGAUGCCUCAGCUGGAGAUCCUGGCAUGUUCGUCGGUCGGGGGUUUCUUCACACACUGCGGCUGGAGCUCCGUCGUCGAAGGCCUUGCGUUCGGGCAUCCACUCAUCCUCCUGCCCAUUUUCGGCGAUCAGGGGAUCAACGCUCGGGUGAUGGUGGAGAAGAAGCUUGGGUUGGAGGUGGAGAGGGAUGAGGAAACUGGUUCCUUUACGAGGGAAGCAGUGGCUAACGUGGUGAGGUCAGUGAUGGUGGAAGACGAGGGAAAGAAGCUCAGAGAAACAGCUAAACGAAUGAGGGAGGUCUUCAGCAACAAUGACAUCCAUGGCCGGUACGUGGAUGCUUUUGUUCAUUACCUGAGAGAUCAUGUGCGAUGCAGAUCAUUGACAGUGUAA